AUGCGACUCCCCAUCUCCCUGUUCCUCCCCGCCCUUUGGGUCGCCAGCUAUGUGGUUGGAAAAGGACCCUCUGGGCUUAAACCGUUGCCAAUCACGUGCGACAGCUGUUGCCCACCAGGGGUCUCCUGCCCAGCGAACGACGGAUGUUUUAUCCAGGGCAGAGCCAAUAUGUCGGCAGAGGCGGGGGACCGUUGCUCCAGUACUGUAGAAUCAGUCAUAGCUGCAGAGCAGACGAGCUGUGCCGCCAGCAUCUCAUCAGCAAUUUCAUCAGUUUCAUCAGCACUGACCCAAUGCCAGGCCGCGGCCGCGUCGGGGGGUCAGAAGUGCGGUGUCUUGGGAUUGGGCCAGGGCCACUACCAGCGUUUCAUCGGCGUCGACCUGAGGCGAGGUGUCUGGCUGACAGCAGGUGCCUGUCGUACAGCGCCAACAUGGUCCUGUUCUACUUCAGCCUGGGGUCUUAUUCACACGACUGCUACCUGUAUGAAAAGGCGGCCAAGGAUGUGCCGGCCCCAUUACACCCUGCUGUAUGGGCCAUGUAUGACCGAAACUGCCCUUGAGGGAGUGAAUGGUCGAGAGGUUGAGGAUGUGGUCGUGAUUUGGAGUCAAUCCAAUUACUAUAAGCCGUUCACAGCGUUGCUUGAAAUUAAUGUAAUAAACGUGGAUGCGCGGUUGUGGUGA